AUGCCUCUCAGCUUGUUCGAAUUUAGGUACAUAACUUUACGCAGAUCUGCACGGGAACCAAAUCUUGUGCUUGUUGUUGAUGGUAAAGCAGAAGCACUUGCUCAGAGUGUCAUUGCUUUGGGACAGAAUGACGACGUGUUGUCGCGUUUCAUGAAGAAUCCAUACGCUGCGGCAUUAACUGGAUUUGGAAAAAUCACAUCGUUUAUGCAGGAACAGAUGAUUCCUGCACUGCUUGACAAUGAUGCAGUGAGUCAAGAAGAACAAAUACGUGCUAUACGAGAACUCAGCCAAAGGGAAGAUGAUGCAGCGAAGCUGAGGAUCAAUCUUGAUGCCGCAUCCGAGUUUGAACUUGUUACUCAGUUAGAGUUGCCUCCUCGACCUGAUAUCUACAGAGAGUCGCCAGUCACACAGGAGAUAUGGGAUAGAUUCAAAAUGGCUGAUGGCACUAUUGAUCCACAGAAUAUUCAUCAUCUGAAAAUGAAUGUAUUUAGAGGA